CCAUUAAUUCCUUUUUAUUAGCUUCAUAAAACCGUAAUUACUAUGGGUCUCAAAGCUUAUUUUACCGGCAUGGAAAGAACAACUCUUAGUUAAGUCUUUUCCUGUUUUACACAAGUAGCAGCUGAGCACUAACUAAACUGUUUCAGCUGGAGUACAAAAAAGACAGCAUAUCUUUGAGAGGGGUAUCUGACACGCUCCAAUUACCGAACAUGUCACCGCACUUGGAAGUGCAAAGAUCUCACCAUUUAUCAGAGACUCGCCCUCAAGGCAAAUGAAAGGAACAUCUGGAUUUCAAGAGUGUUUAACCUAGCAGCUGGCGAGACCUCGUGAGAUGAUGUGUAUUUCCCUGCACAAUGACUCAUGAUAAAGAUGUAUGUGUCCAAUGAAAGCCACUGAUGACCCACCUUUACCUUCGUCUGCACUGCAAGAGUGAGUUACAGUAUUGGGAGUCUGGCCAAGAUAUACACAAUAUGUGCAGCCAGAACAUGCUCAAAAGAUCAUUGUCUAGGGAAAGACAGUCUUCUAAAAGCAAACCUGACUGCCCACUAAGACCUGGAAGAGCUCUUUGUAUCCAGGGAGGUUUAUAAUUAUACACCAUUUAAAAAAAGAAACAGCCUCCAGAGACAUAUCUGUGGACUGGCUGUCAACAACGUCCCUGACCAAGGAGAGAAGAGCAGGCAAUCUGAGAACAAGGGGGGAAAAAAGGGCCACCGGCUGCUAAAUGAUGUCUUUCAAGGAGCUGUGUGCCUAUGAAACACCAUCCGUUGCUGAACUGCAGAACUUCCUGUUGAGUGACAGACGGCCCACUGGACAUGUCAACCAAGUGUGGCCUAAUGUGUACAUUGGCAAUGAGGUUGCGGCACGUGACAAGUCAAUGCUGUACAAUAUGGGGAUCACACACAUUGUGAAUGCUGCUAGUGGACCCCCUCAUGUCAACACUGGAGCCCGCUUUUACAGAGACAUGUCUAUAGAUUACUAUGGAGUGGAGGCUGAUGAUUCCUCAGACUUCAUAUUAAGUGUAUUUUUCUAUCCAACAGCAAGGUUCAUACGAGCUGCACUGUCAAAAAAUGGAAGAGUGUUUGUCCACUGUCUGAUGGGAGUGAGUCGCUCUUCCACUCUAGUGUUGGCCUUCCUCAUGAUCUGUGAGGAUCUUACUCUAAUGGAGGCUGUUAAAUCUGUACGGCAACACAGGGACAUCUGUCCUAAUCCUGGCUUCCUUAACCAGCUACGACAUUUAGACAUGAGCCUCGUCCGAGAGAGGAAGAAAAAACUGGAAGCUUACAAAUUGUAACUGAAAACUUGGUAACAAUGUGAUGAAUCCCAUUUCAAGAGCAUGUCCCUUAAGGGCCUCCUCCCCCAUGGCCUUGUCCUAGUUAUUUUGGGCCAGAUCUUAUUUGCUAAUAUCCAUUGUAGUGCAAUGGCAAAGUGGGUAUCAGAAGACAAAAUUGAAGGGCUUCCCCAUAAAUAGUAAAUAACCUCCACAGGGCAGCAGGGUCACAAAAUAAAUGGCAGGUUUUUAAAUUUCUUCCAGAUGAAAUAUACUUUGAACUUGUUUCAAAAUGAGCCAGCAAGCAUGUUUGGUUUUUUUACUGGAGUGAAAUGAAACGGUUGUGGCUUGCUCUUUAUCAUGGGAAGGUGGAAGAGCCAUGCAUGGCUACAUGUCUUAAGGGUUGAUCCCCUGUAGUGAGUUUCUAAUGGGUAUCAUAUGUUCCAACAUAUUUACUGUUUCUGCUCAAAUCCAUUGGUGUUGUGACCCACGGAUAUUGGUGAAACUGAUGACCAAACCAAAUUGUGAUAAAACAUUUAAAUUUCUCAGUCCGGUGAAAAAAAAAAAAAAAAAAAUCACAUUGUGUCCUUUCUUUUCUUGUUGCUAUUAAAUAAAUGACACAGUACCUCA